AUGAAGAGAACUAUCGUAUCCUCCCCGAAAGCAAAAGUUUACAAACGGUCUAAAUUGGAUGUAGAACAUGAUUUUGAGCAAUAUCACUCGGUGAACAAGAUAUACUAUCCGCAUCCGAUCACUAGGAAGGGUGCAAAUCAAUUUAACAAUAAAUCCAGAGCUAAACCCAUGGAAAUGCUGGAAGGACUGCAGAAGAAACACAAUAUGUCAUUUGAAGGUGUCAACACUGUUAUGCAUUGGUUUAGGAACGAUUUACGUUUACACGACAAUGUAGGACUGUACAACAGUGUUGAACUAUUCCAGCAAUUGAAACAAAAAAAUGAAAGCGCCAAAUUAUGCGCCGUCUAUAUUAUCAAUGAAGAUGAUUGGAAAGCUCAUAUGGAUAGUGGGUGGAAACUAAAGUUUAUUGUAGAGGCAUUGAAGAGUUUGCAGAAAUCCCUAGCCGAAUUACAUAUCCCUCUUUUUGUGUGGGAGUUUCAUCCACCCAAAGGGACUUUAUCCGACUCGAAAAAGUUUGUUGAAUAUUUCAAAGAAAAAUGUAUGCAGUUAAGUUCAGGAAAAGGUGUGAUAAUCACUGCUAAUACCGAAUAUCAAACUGAUGAACUGUACCGUGAUAUUAGGUUAUCUGAGAAUGAAGACCAAAGACUGCAAUUGAAUUUCUACCAUGACUCUUGCAUCGUUGCUCCUGGCUUACUCACCACAGGCAAAGGCACUAACUAUGCCGUAUUUACGCCAUGGUAUAAAAAAUGGGUGUUAUAUGUAAACAAGCACAAAAAUAGUAGCUCUGAAAUCUGUCGUAUCCAUCAAAUCGAAUCAUUGAAAUACAAUGAAACGUUUAAGCUAGAACCAUUCCAGUAUUCGUUACCGGAAGAAUUUGUUCAGUAUAUACCUAAGUCAAGAUGGUGCCUACCAGAUGCUUCCGAGGAGGCGGCUUCGUCUAGGUUAAGUGACUUCCUUAGAACGAAAGGCUCCAAAUAUAAUAAUGAAAAGGACAUGCUUUCUUUGAGUGGAACUUCCGGGCUUAGUGUAUACAUAACCACUGGUAUGAUCAGUACGAGAUUUAUAGUCAACCAAUCUUUCCAAGCAUGCAAUGGUCAAAUUAUGUCAAAGGGACUCAAGGAUAAUUCCUCUAUCCAGAAUUUCAUCAAAGAAGUUGCGUGGAGAGAUUUUUACAGGCAUUGUAUGUGCAAUUGGCCGUACACAUCUAUGGGAAUGCCUUAUAGAUUAGAUACUGUGGACAUAAAGUGGGAGAAUGAUCCUGUAACGUUUGAAAGAUGGUGUAUUGGCAAUACGGGUAUUCCUAUAGUGGAUGCCAUAAUGAGAAAAUUAUUAUACACGGGUUACAUCAACAACAGAUCUAGAAUGAUCACAGCCUCUUUUCUUUCCAAAAAUUUACUAAUAGAUUGGAGAUGGGGCGAACGCUGGUUCAUGAAGCAUCUGAUAGAUGGCGAUUCGUCGUCAAAUACCGGUGGCUGGGGAUUUUGUUCCAGUACGGGAAUUGAUGCUCAACCAUACUUCAGAGUUUUCAAUAUGGAUAUACAAACAAAGAAAUAUGACCCAGAGAUGGUUUUUGUCAAGAAGUGGGUACCCGAACUGUGCUCUUCUGAAAGUGAACACCCAACAAAUUAUCCAGAUCCCUUAGUUGAUUUAAAGCGCAGUAGGGAGCGCGCUUUAGAGGUUUAUAAAAGUGCAAUGUGA